UUGCUCCGCGAAACCGUAGCUCUCGUUUGAGCACCACAGCGUGGCACGCCGAGCAUUCCACCCCGAGAUACAGCCGAGGGAGCCCCCACCGCUCCCGCUACUAGCCACCUUAGUCGUUUCCUUGGGAUUUUUGCUAAGCAUGACCCGGCGCAAGGUGGACGAGGAGCAGGUUCGGAAGGCCUGUGCAGCGAUAGAUGAUGGAAUGUCGGUUAGGAAGGCUGCUGGGGUCUUUGGGGUAGGUCGUACGUCCAUCGAAGACCGCCGCCGUGGCAAGGUGGCCAUGAACGCGAAGGUUGGUGCCGAGACCAUCCUGAGCAAAGAAGAGGAGGAUUCGCUGGAAGAUAUUCUGCUGUUUGCUGCUCGCAACUUCUUGGCUGUGGGUCGGGUUCACCUCAGAGAUGCGGUGCGACGACUCUGCAACGACGGUCGGCGGAUCCCUUGGGAUCCAGAGAAGGGUCCGGGGAAAGAUUGGCUUGCGGGCUUCCGUCGUAGGCACCCACGGGUCGCGGAGCGCUCGACCCGCAUCUACGAGGCAAACAGGAUCACCGAAGACGAGGAGCCUCGCAUGGUGCAGUUCUACGAGAGAUGGGCAGCUCUCCUCGACGAGUUCAAACCGGAGGCCAACCACGUGCACAACACGGACGAGACAGGUACCACCCCGCAAGGAACCAAGACGACGAAGGCGUUUGCGGAAUCAGGGCAGAAGGUGGUUGGUUCGAUGCGCGCCAACUCGCGAGAGAACACCACCGUGGUCGCUACCAUCAGCGCUGAUGGUCACACCUGGGCACCAACCAUUAUCUUCAAAGGGCAACGACUUCAGGCCGAUUGCUUUGUAGAGCGAAACGGCCCGGAGGGUGCAAGGCACACCUGUACGGAUUCUUCGUUCAUGCAGGGAGACGUGUUCAUGAACUACUUGAAGGAUUUCCACAAGCAGCUCGGCGACCGAGGGUUGCUCGACGGAAAACCCCACAUACUCUUGCUCGAUGGACAUGCAUCACACGUGAGCGUGGAGGUAAUCAAGCUGGCCAUGAAUCUCAAAAUCAUCUUGUUCCAGCUACCCUCCCACACGUCGCACAUCACCCAGCCCUUGGAUGUCGUCGCCUUCGGAAGCUUUAAGAAAUCGAUAAAUAAAUCAUUAUUCGCUGGGGCGAGCUUGUGGCCUGUGAACAAGGAGCGGGCGCUGGGCCGGCUGAAGGGCACAGCGAAGAAGAAAGAGCGGCGAGACGAGCGCACACCCCUACAGGAUAUCCCCAUCGCCGCCCACAACGAGCAGCCGGAAAAAGACAUCGGAGUAAGGGCCCUCAGAGUGCUGAGGGGGCAAGGGCACACCGUCACGGGAAUCCGAACAAGGCGGAGAGCGACGCGAAGGCUGCGAGGGCAAAAGUCCGCGAAGAGAAGAGGGCAGAAAAAGCGGCCGCGGAGCUGUUGCGGCAGGCGCGCAUGGCCGACAGAGGAAGGGGACGGGGGCGGGCAGGAGGGAGGGGAGAGGAAAGGGGAGGGCGCGGCGGGCACGGAGAGAGCACAACCAGCGCCCUCCGUGUCCAGGGUCGGACGACAACGGACGCCGACACCCGAUGUCGACAUGUAGCCGUAUCGAUGUUUCUCACGUGUCCUGACAGGUUCAGAUUUGAAUCGAACACGCCCAAAUGGCCAUGAAGUUGUACCCGCAGUCGAUAUGCACCCUAUAGAACGUCGCAUGUGGUUCGUAGGCUAUGCGACGAUGAUUUUAGGGCGUGCCAGCACCGGAGGGGCAGGAUGCACAGGUUUUGAACCCAACCCGGGGAUGUCAUCGUUUUGUCCCCGGGUGCCCGUGUGUGUGUGUGUGUGUGUGUGUGUGUGUUGUUUUUCUUGCGAUAGAUGUUUUUCACAUGCUUACAGGUUCCCUCAGAAGCGCUGGUGGCGGGGGUGCAAAGGUGUUUUGAAACUACAGUUGUUUUCGGCGUUGAUUCUUACCGUAGCGGCAAGCCUAAAAUCAGGAAAGAAGUAUCCUUAUUUGACCUUUAAUAUAUCAUCAGGUGUGCUCCAAUGGGCGUGGAAUUGUUCGUACAGUCGAAACAUACCCUGUAGAACGUCGUGUGGUUCGUACCCUUUUUGAUGGUGACGUUCGGGCGUUCCAGGACCGGGGGGGGGAGGGAUGCACGGGUUUAAACCGAAAACCCGGGGACGCGGUGGUUCUGUCCCUGGGGUGGCUUUUUUUUUUUUUCUGAACAUGUUUCUCACUCAUGUUUGACGAUCCCCUCCAAAGGUUGUGUCGUGGGGAUGAAUGAGUAUUCCUCAAUGGUGGAUACAGUUUGGCGGUGUUCGGCGUGAACUGUUACCGUUAGCGGCAUGCUAAAUCAGGAAAAAGUACCCAAUAUUGACCAAGCACCAUUUACGUAGACAACUCAUUUCGCCGUGAUUUUUUUUUCUCGAGUCGUCUACUGACUGGAAUAACACAUUUACGCAUCAAAUUGGUUGUCCUGCCUCGUUUCGAACGCACAGAGCACACAAUACAGGUCACGGAGGGAAAAACCCAUCCCUUCUCAUGGCGUCGAAAACCCGAGGAUACGUCAUUUUCAUCCCCGGAUGUGGAUUAUUUUUGUUUUUUCUUACUUUUUCUUCAUUUCUAUUGUAUUUUACGCAUGCCCACCAAAUCUUGGGUCUUGAAACGCUUUCAAACGUACGAAAUCAACCAAUGAUGAAAGUGGCCUUUGAUACCCCUAGCUAGGGGUAGUUUUCUCUCAAAAUGACGCCUGCAGCUCAGGUGUACGGCUCCAGCCCUACCUCGUCACUGUUGAUUUUUUUUUUCAUUUCCUUCAGGUACGCACGUACGUGACGAAUUCACCAGUGUAUGCAUACCUGCUGAAAAUUUAUUGGUGAAACCUCCGCACUUGCCACCAAUCAACGUCCUACGCAGUGCUUUUUCUUCCCUGAUGCUGCCCUGCGCAGCGCUGUUCAGUCCCUCUAACAGUGCGAAGCCAUCCAGCCAUGGACAAGUACGCUCCAGCGUCCCACAAUCCCGUCCAAAAGGCAACGACUUCUGUAGUCGCCCCUCGGUCGGGGCCUCAACAAGCCGGCGGCGGGCGCUGCUGCUCGGUGCCGUUGGCCGCAUCUCGCGACUUCAAAUCGAUACGAAGGGCGGCGAUUGCUGUCCUCGUCAUCCAUGUCGUGGCCGUAUCAACGUCGGGAUAUUUACAACUUCCAGGCAGCUUGAUCGGCAUCAUCGUGGGCGGCAUAGGCCUGUGCCAGAAAGCACGUUGCUCCUUCAGAGUCGCGUGCGUGGUGAUCACCGUGGGCCUCUUCCUGGACCUUUGCCACCUUGCCUUCCUGUUAUGGUUUCUCAGUCCGAUCCAAGACGACAGUAGUGACGAUAGGGUCUACGCGGGCUAUGGCACAGACAUAUCAUCCGCCCAGGAGAUCGCGCUAGUUCUCCCCGUUGCCCUCGGGGCCCUCUCGUACCUCGCCGUGGGUGCUGUUUUCACUAGGGAGACCUUCCGACAGUGGCGACGGAGUGGCACCCACGACGAGUUUCCGGUCUAGACGCAGCAAGCUCCCUCAUUUUGUUUCUCCGCGGGACGUCUUCAUCCUCCUGUGGUGUCUCUGUCAACGACACAAUCUACGGGUGGUCAUCUGGCCCCCCAAGGACCCUACGAAUGUCACCAGCUGGGAGAGAGUCGCUCGCGACACUGCGCUGUCACGCUUCCUCCUUCAAGAGUUGACGCGAUGCGGUGCAUCUACAGUAGAUCAUAGCUCGAAGAAGCGACGCUCAUCAACAAGCAUAAGUCGCCAGGGAGUCGAGCUACAGUGGGAUUUCUCUUCUUGCAAACCUAGCCUGUAGAACUACACGAACUUUGUCGGCGGUUUGAAAACUCACAACUUGUUAGUUUUGUUCAAUUCCGCCUUCUAGACGUGCGUACAUAUGUUCGGUCGUUCGAAGGUUAGGCUGCGUUCAUUUGUUUAUUAUGGUUUGGGUGUGGCGUCGUUCGCGGUGCGUGCAUUGGCGCACGAACUACUGUAAUUACGUAUCAUAUGUAAAUGUAGCAGAUUUUGUUUGUCUGCGUCCGUCGGAAUCGAGCACAAAGCGUGCAUUCGCGCAAUGCAAACAGGGUCUAGGGUAGCCGGCUUUAGAGCUCUGACAUCGGGUGAGCGGUCGGCGAGAGUACGAGACAGACAAAGAUUCUCGCAGAGGAAUUGGGUGUGAGUCCUUAGCGCUCGAUAUAUAGUCGUGAGUAUGUGAAUUGGCGGAUGGACGCUCAACUCUAUGCAAGUAUUCGAAAACGAAGGACGCUCUUUUGAGGCUAGCCGUGUGAUGGUGUGUCACCGUACAUGUCUGGCGUUGUUGGACGGCAGGUAGAGAUGUCUGUUUAGAUAAUGGUAAUAAAGUUUCAAGCAAUAUUGUGACAAGAGAGGUUUAAUUAAGCGAUGAAAACCAAGGGAUUUAGUAUUCAACAAAUGCACCAUCUUGGGUCGGACUGAACGAAGUGCCACGAGCCCCGGAUUCCCGGACUGGACAUGUGUAGAGAAGGAAUACAAUCUCGUACCACUGGCGUCGUCUGCAGGACCCUCCCGACAUGCCCAGGGUGUGACUGCACGGCGGAAAGUUUCGUGAACCCACCCGCACGAUGUCGAAAAAUUGUAUGCAUACCGUAAAAGUGCGUGCGAUGGCACCCAUCGAUGAUUUCGCACCCAUCGGUGUUAUAGCACCGGGGGGGGAUGUACUCAUAGUCGUGCAUGCCGUAGUCGUUAGACCAUUGACCUCGCAUCCCUACAAAGCCGGGACGGAGCACGCCGGGUUCUCACCGGACCAGGCUCUCACAUCACCAAGCGCGAAGCGCCGUGAGAUAUUCGGCGAGUCGCAUGAAGGGUGCGCUGCAUCCUGCUAAGGGUGUUCGGCAUCUUGUGCUUACUUCCUUGCGUACGGAUGACAGCUGCGUAUGACUUAAUUUAUUUUCUGGUGCUUUCACUUCCAGAGACAGUUGUAAGCACUGUGUAACUGCCUCGAGGGUGCUUGACCAUAUUAACACAACGUGGUGCGAUCAUCCCCCUUGCGCGGAGUGAGGGUUCUCCACCCUGCACAACAUGAUCCACUCGACCACCAUUAUGAUAACCGCCAAAAAAAACCGAGGUACCAGUUGGGGCGCCAUUUCAUGUAUGUAUAUCGUACCGUCGUGGUUUGCGCAGUAGAAAUAGACACUUCGUAAUCUUUUUCUACGGUAAUCCGUACAUCGAAUGCACUCACUCACUCAACCAAGCACACAGCAGUACACAUCCCGCACCUCCAACCAACCGAACAAGAAGAAGAAGGAGUUCGUUAACGGUACUUCAGUUGUACCGGUACCAUGCCCCUUGAGGCAGACAAGAGGGAAGCACCAGCCAACAAAAGAGGGGCUUGCGACCAACAAAGAUGCUGGACGAAAAACCAUACCCCGCCGUGUA